AUGCCGGGCCGUCUGCUCCCCAGCUUUGUUCGGGGCUCUGGCUCCCUGCACUCGUCGGUCUCUUCGACUCCCAUCCACUCCAAUUCGUCGUCGACUACCUCCGUCAAUGAGAUCCCCCAUCACCCUGGCAAGAAGCCAGCACAUGGCACUCCUGACCGUGCUCGCUCACCCGAGCGUCGUCUAUCCUUCUCCAUGGACCACCUGAUCCACCCCCACCGAGACCACAGUAAGGACAAGCGCCGCAGCCUGGGACGCGCCGGCCGGUCCAAGGAGCGUCUCGGCAAGGACGAGCUUGCGAAGCCAUCCGCCAAGCUUGAGGUCCUGGUCGAAUCGCCUCCUCUAGUCUGCUAUGGCAACCCCAGCAACUCCACCGGUGCUCUGUUCUCUGGUCGUCUGCGUGUGACGAUCCCCGAGAGCGCUGGCGAGGUCACUCUCAACCAGUUCGACGUUCGCCUCAUCUCCAAGUCCUCCACCAAGAAGCCCGUUUCUAGCCACUGUCCUAGCUGCGCUACCCGCACUGAGGAGCUCACUCGUUGGAACUUCCUGACAUAG